CACGACUUCCGGUACGUUGCAGAAACAUGGCUGGGCUGUUACGCGGGCGAGAAGAAGGAGGAGGAGGAGGAGGAGAAGAAGGCGAGGCGGGAUCGGCGCCGCUUUCCUCCGAGCUGCAGCGUUUCCUGCAGCGGCACCCGAGCUUGCGCGUCCUCCCUCCGGGGAAAAAGGUCCGCUGUACGUUGACUGGCCAUGAGCUGCCUUGCCGGUUGCCUGAACUCCAAGCUUUUACAGCUGGGAAGAGAUACCUGCGCUUGAGUAAGACUUCCGAGGUCUUGGACUACAGCGAGUACGAACCACACAUUGUGCCGAGCACCAAAAAUCCGAAUCAGCUAUUCUGCAAACUCACCCUGCGCCAUCUCAAUAAGAUCCCAGAGCAUGUUCUCCGCCAUGUCCGAGGCCGGCGUUAUCAGAAGGCGCUUCGGCGAUAUGAAGAAUGUCAGAAAGAAGGGCUGGAAUACGUCCCGGCUUCCCUCUUGCAUAAACGCCGACGGCCGCGGCAAGAAACAGACAACGGGCUUUGCGAAAGGAGGGGGAAGCCGAAGGGGGCAUUCUGGGAACCUCCCGCCAGCGAUGAAGGAGGCAGCGAAACCGACGACAGCCUGAGUGACUUGUAUCCAGCCGAGCUCUUCCCAAGGAAAAGUGCCACAGGCAAGGAGACCCCUGACGAAUUUACAAGCGACAGUGACGAAGACCCUGCGAGGCCAGGGGUGGAAAAUGGCAGCCGGGUCGAAAUGAUGGAGGUUGAUUCACAGACAGCCACCAAAAGGAGAAAGAAACAAGUCGGCCCUCGGAAGAAAAAAUUUAAAAAGUGGAACAGAAAAUCUAAAAAGCUUCAAAAGAGAAGUUGACAGAAAUCCAGUCUUUCUGAUGGGCCAAGCUCCAGUUUAGCGUGGCGAGAAGACUUAGAACACGAGAAUGUUGCAUUUUAUUUAAGCAUGGUCCUUUUUUUGGAGGGGGGUCUGGAAUUGUAUACAUGUUGUUGUACUUCCUUUAUAUAUAAAGUUGUUCAACUCU